GUUCUUAUUCUAAUUAAAAAAAAUCUGUAUACAAUUUUUUUUAAGAUGAAUCCACAUAUGAUUAUUUGUACUUUUGUAUUUUCAACUGCAUGGAUUAACCUUCACGGCCAUGCCUGCCAGGAAGAUGUGCCCCAGGAAUUGGUACUAGAUUGGUUCAAGAAACGCAUUCUGGAGAGACUACAGCUUGAGAAGCCGCCUGUGCUGACUCUACAAAAUCUAUCUAAUCAGAGAGUGCAUGUUGUAGCCCAGCAUGAAGCUCGGCGGGUACGCAGGGAAACUUGGCUGGAGAGAAGGCAGUAUCAGGAGAUCUCCCAAGUCAUUCUGUUUCCGAGCUCUGACAACACUUGCCUAGACACAGUCUCUUCUGAAGACCCAUCCCAUUACUUUACCUACUACUUUCAGCCAUCUCUGGACAGAGAGGAGUCCAUUAUCACAUCAGUUGACUUCUGGUUCUAUGCUGGCAAGGCUAUUGCAGCUAAUACUACAUAUGUGCCACUUUACAUUCUCUCAAUGCCCCAGGAGUUAAUGCAGUUAGCUCAAAGACCCUCUAAAUGCAGCUCAGAUGGCUGGAGCACCUACAAGCUUGAGAGCCAGUUCCACAGUGUCAUGGCCACUGGUCCAUUUCUGCUGCAGGUGCGAUGUGUAGUAUGCAGCUGCUACAAUUUAGAAGAUGACAAAACCCCUUUUCUUCAUGUCCAUUUUAGGCCACGUUGGCCUGAACGUGCUCGAAGAGCACCAAGCAUCACCUGGUCACCAGCUGUAAUUGAGAAGCUCCAAAGGCCCUCACCUGAAAAAGAUGACACUUAUUGCAGGAGGGAGCAGAUAGACAUAUCCUUUGAGAAGCUGGGCUGGGACAACUGGAUUGUUUACCCAAAGACUUUCACCUUUUACUACUGCCAUGGGAAUUGUUCAAGCCCUGAAUUCACAGCCACACGUCUGGGUAUGCACCAGUGCUGUGCCCCUGUGCCUGAGAGCAUGAGGUCACUACGUUUCACCACCACUUCAGAUGGAGGAUUGUCAUUCAAAUAUGAGACGCUACCAAAUAUAAUACCUGAGGAGUGUAACUGUAUUUGAUGCAUUUUAAACUACACCUGUGAAUCUAAGAUUAGUAAUCUAAUCUAAUAAUAGUAAAUAAUUCAAUGAUUUGGAAAAUUGCUUUUAGGUUAAGACCUUACGUUUGGUGUUUUACAUAUUGCACCUUAAGAAAGUACAAUCACAAAAUGCACACGGUUUAAUAAGUAUGAACAAAGGCUACAAACUGUAACAAUUACUAAAAGCUGAUAAAAUGGUACUGACAAUGCUUAACAUUGAACCUUAUAAAUCUAACCAGUAAUUUUUAUCUGGAUUUAAAUCCACUUUACCAUGAUGUGAUAUGUCAUAAUAUUAGUAAAAAAAUAACGAAAAAUAUAAGAUAUUAUUAUUAUUAUUGUUAUUAUUAUUAUUAUGUUAUACAUAGGGAAUCUAGCACCAUCUGUGAACAUCAAAAAAACACCUUGCAACAUUACCUUUUUUACUUUUUACAAAAUAGAAACCUUUAGCAUUUUAACCAUAAACUUUUAGCCAUUAAAUGUGGUUUAAAAUUCUUUGCAAAAGAU